CCAUCUGAGCUGGUGUCCAUAUAGACUGUGUUGGUAGGUUGAGACUACAGUAUCAAUUUCCAGUGCUCAGGACCAAGACAUGGUCCCCUGAGGGUGAGUUUCAUUUCUGAGCUCCCUUUCUGUUUCAUUUCUGGACUCCAUAUGUGUAUAUGGGGUGCGGGUGGGCAGCAAGCUCAGGCCUUUUCACUAAGUUUCUAUUCUCCUCUGGAAGGGGCGGAGCCAGCACUGUUUAAAGAGCUCUGAGCUCUGGCAGCUGCACACUCAGUCGCCAACCCAGGAGCUGUGAGUAUUGCACUGAAUUCUGUGCGAGGAUAGAGGAUACCUUGUAAGGCUCCUUUGCAGACAUUGUGCCUGACCCCAGUGGCAAGGCUUCCAGAGUCUUCUGAAUCAAACCCUUUAUGUCCAACCGGAAUCCACCUGGAAAACACGCAAGAGUGAGUUCCUAGAACGUCAAAAUGAAGGAGCGGACUUCUGCAUGCAGUCACCGGACACCACAGAAACAUCCUGAUACCUCUGAAGAGAGCCAGGCAAUGGAGUCUGUGGACAACCUCUGCAGUCAGUAUGAGGAGAAGGUGCGGCCCUGCAUUGACCUCAUCGACUCCCUUCGAGCUCUGGGUGUGGAGCAAGACCUGGCCCUGCCUGCCAUUGCUGUCAUUGGGGACCAGAGUUCAGGGAAGAGCUCUGUGCUGGAAGCACUGUCUGGAGUGGCCCUCCCCAGAGGCAGUGGUAUUGUUACCAGGUGUCCUCUGGUGCUGAAAUUGAAGCAACUGAAGCAGGGAGAAAAAUGGCACGGCAAGGUCAUUUAUAAGGACACCGAGAUUGAGAUCUCACACCCUUCACGGGUAGAAAGUGAAAUCAAUAAAGCCCAGAACUUGAUUGCUGGGGAAGGGUUGAAGAUUAGCUCUGAUCUCAUUAGCUUGGAGGUCAGCUCUCCACAUGUCCCAGACCUGACUCUGAUUGACCUUCCUGGUAUCACAAGAGUGGCUGUAGGUGACCAGCCUGCAGACAUCGAACACAAGAUAAAGAGACUUAUCACUGAAUACAUCCAGAAACAGGAGACCAUCAACCUGGUGGUGGUCCCCAGCAAUGUGGACAUUGCCACCACAGAGGCCCUGAAAAUGGCUCAGGAGGUGGACCCUCAAGGGGAUAGAACCAUAGGGAUCUUGACCAAGCCCGAUCUGGUGGACAGAGGGACUGAAGACAAGGUCGUGGAUGUGGUGCGGAACCUUGUGUGCCACCUGAAGAAGGGCUACAUGAUAGUCAAGUGCAGGGGUCAGCAGGACAUCCAGAAGCAGCUGAGCCUGGCUGAGGCUCUUCAGAAUGAGCAAGUCUUCUUCAAGGAACAUCCUCAAUUCAGAGUUCUUCUCGAGGAUGGGAAGGCCACAGUGCCCUGCUUGGCAAACAGACUGACCAUGGAGCUCACCUCCCACAUCUGUAAAUCGCUGCCAAUAUUGGAAAAUCAAAUAAAUGAGAAUCAUCAGAUUGCGAGUGAGGAGCUGCAGAAGUACGGAGCAGACAUACCAGAAGAUAACAGUGAGAGGCUGUCCUUUCUGAUGAAUAAAAUCAAUGUCUUCAAUAAGGAUAUCCUAAGUUUGGUACAAGCACAAGAAAACAUAUCAUGGGAAGAAAGCCGGCUGUUCACCAAACUGCGAAAUGAGUUUCUUGCUUGGAAUGAUUAUAUUGAGGAACAUUUCAAAAAAACCCUAGGUUCUCCUGAGAUACACAGCCAGAUGGAAAAAUUUGAAAGUCAUUAUCGUGGCCGGGAGCUGCCAGGGUUUGUGGACUAUAAGGCAUUUGAGAACAUUAUCAAGAAGCAAGUCAAGGCCCUGGAAGAACCCGCUCUGAACAUGCUGCACAGGGUCACUACAACGGUCAAAAAUGCCUUCACAAAGGUUUCAUCAAACAAUUUUGGUGAUUUUUUAAACCUCCACAGUACUGCCAAGUCCAAAAUUGAAGACAUCAGAUUUAACCAAGAAAAAGAAGCCAAAAAACUGAUCCGACUUCACUUCCAGAUGGAACAGAUUGUCUACUGCCAGGACCAGGCUUACAAGAAAGCCUUGAAGGAGAUCAGAGAGAAGGAAGCUGAGAAAGAGAAGUCAACCUUUGGUGCCUUUCAACAUAACUCUCCUCGAAAGGAGUUGACUACCACUGAGAUGACCCAGCACCUGAAUGCCUACUACCAGGAGUGCAGAAGGAACAUUGGGAGACAGAUCCCUCUGAUCAUCCAGUACUUCAUCCUGCAAACAUUUGGGCAGGAAAUGGAGAAAGCAAUGCUUCAGCUUCUACAGGACACCAGUAAGUGCAACUGGUUCCUGACUGAGCAGAGUGACAGCAGAGAGAAGAAGAAGUUCCUGAAGAGGCGGCUUUUAAGGCUGGAUGAGGCUCAGCGGAAGCUUGCCAAAUUCUCCAAUUAAUCAGGCUUGCUAUGUGACUUCCCUGGUCACAACUAGCUUCCCCUGCACAAUGACCCUUUAGCUGUUUACCUUAUGUUAGUAUGUUGCCUUUAGACUGUGGAAGCAUGCCCUCUGCAAACUCUGAGGAGACGAAGAGAGGAGCCAUGGAGAGUCAUUCUACUUCAGUAGUAAGACACGACCCUCUCAAAGCACAGGAGGAUGGCACCUCUCAGGGUCCUUCCUGCUCCUAACUGCCAUUUCUUUGUCAGGAGGAUGUCCUGGCUGAGUACUUCAGAAGGGAUGUCUCCUGGCUUUGUACUGCUCUGCCUGGAGUAGUGCUAGAGGUGUGACAGAGUCCUGGCAGGACAGCUCUUUGUAGGCAUAAAUUUUUUGCAACCUAAUUUUAGCAAGGGUUCAACCUCACUUUUAGCCCACCACCCAUCAGAGGUAGUGGAACAGAAAAGUUAUUAAGAUAUGGGGGAAGUGCUCAGCAAUAGUUCUUUGGGGGUGAGCUCAACUUUCUUUGGCAGCAUAACAAACACCAAAUAAGACUCAGAAGUUGCAGAUCAGUCCUCUAGGCAGGCAGACACCAGGCACGAACCAGCAGCUGUAGAUCAAUCUUAAAGAAAGCUCGCCAGCCAGCCUGAGGUGAGGCUGUGGAAGGAGCAAACUGCCUCAGGAACCUCACAAGUAGUUCUUAGGCAAGUUUCUUCUAAUGGCAGUGUUACCAAAAGUUGAGCCCAACAAUGCUAUGCAAGGCAAACCAUUACAUGCACGUUGUUAGUGAAGAAUAAGUAGGCAGAGCAAACCAACGCUCAGUUGCUCGUCUCCCAUUGUUUUGUGGGGCCGUAUUUAUCUCCUUCAUCAUGGGUCCUUUCACGUGUUUGCAAUAUUAAAUCAUCCUUUCACCUGUGUCCACUUCAGGACAACAGUCUUUCACAAGUUUGCUUCAGCAAGACACCCUUUCACCUGUGUGCCCCAGCAAAACAUCAUUUGACAUAACUUUCUAAAGAAACUAGAAGUUUCCACUUCAAGCUCUUCCAAUAAAAUUCUUGCUAAAUGA